AUGGUAACAUUAUCCAGCUUCAGUAGUACUACAAAUGCAAGCUCGCCUUAUUUUGAUGUGAUGAAUUAUGGAGCUGUUGGUGAUGGAAAAACCGAUGAUUCGCAGGCAUUUCUGAAGGCGUGGAAUGAAACCUGCAAAGUUCAACAACAGCGUGCUACCCUUAAUAUACCGGCAAAGACAUUCUUAUUGAAUCCUAUCCAAUUUUUGGGUCCAUGUGUGCCCACAAGUAUUAAUGUUCAGGUUGUAGUGCCAACAAAAGCUUUGAUGCCAACAAUGAAUUUGGGACACUUCAUAACACGGGUAGCAGCAAAAAUUAUAGCAAGCACCAAUAAAUCCCUAUUUUCAAACAAUCAUUGGCUUCUCUUCUCAUAUGUGAAAGGGCUUACUUUGACCGGGAGUGGAACUAUAGAUGGCCAAGGGGCAGGUUCAUGGCAAGAGAGAAGGGGAGUAGCUGCGUUGAAGUUUUAUACUUGCCCAAACCUAGUACUGCAAGGAUUGACACAUAUCAAUCCCCAAAAAGCCCAUAUCAUUUUGACAAAAUGUGAUGGAGCAAACAUCAAUAACAUCACUAAAAGUGCCCCUGAAGCUGCCCCUAACACAGAUGGUAUUGACAUUGCUAGCUCAAACCAUGUUCAAAUUCGGAACUCCAAAAUUGGAACAGGUGAUGACUGCAUUGCUAUUAGUGCAAGAUGUUCCUUUAUCAAUAUAACCGGCGUCACAUGUGGACCUGGCCAUGGUAUUAGCAUUGGAUCACUGGGAGAUCCUGGAUCAGGUGACUUCGACACAGUGUCAGAAGUACAUGUACGGAGUUGUAAUUUUACAGGACGAAACACUACUGGAGUUAGGAUCAAGACAUGGCAGGGAGGGGAGGGAGAAGUAAAGAAAAUAACAUAUGAAGACAUUAUGUUUGACAAUGUCCACUACCCAAUUGUCAUUGAUCAAUUUUACUGCCCUAACAAUGCCUGCAAAAACCAUACCGGUACCGGUUCACUGGCAAUAAGCGAUGUAUUGUACACCAGAAUAACUGGGACCUCAAGUGGAGAUGAGGUGAUAUCUUUGAAUUGUGGUACCAGAAAUUCAUGCAACAAUAUUGUGCUUGAUGAUAUCCACUUAAAGAGCUCAGAUCCAACGAAGACGGCUUAUGCUCAUUGUCUUAAUGUUAAUGGAAGAGCAUCAAAUGUAGAACCUUCUGCUGACCAAUGCAUGCAUUCCUGA